GAUAUUCCAGUGGUAGACUGCGAUGGAAUGGGCCGUGCUUUUCCAGAACUGCAAAUGUUUACCCCUACAAUAUAUGGUAUGCCUUGCUACCCUGCAACACUGGCUGAUGAUAAGGGACAGAGGGCUGUUAUCAUUGAAGCACCAUCUCCAAAACUUGUAGAGGACCACUUCAGAGGAGUCUGUGUCGCAAUGGGGUGUUCAGCUGGUUUUGUAUUCACUCCAUUAAAGAAAGAGGAUAUACUUCACAAGACAGUGCAGAACUCAACAAGUAGGGCCUGGGGUUUAGGGCAUGCUGUACUGAAGGCCAGGGCACAGAAGAAAGACCCAUUCCAAGCUAUAUUAGACUUUGAGAAUGGAAAAAGUCUUUGUAAAGGAAAGAUAAUAGACGUUGAGAGACGGAAUGAAGGAGGUUUCACCAGGGGAGUGCUGAAGAUCCUAGGGUUAGCAGAGUUCCAAGAUGAAGUACUAAUAAUAAAGUUCCAAAAUGAAAAUCUUGUAGCUACAAUGCAUCAUCCAAAUGGCCAGAAAGAGGUGUUAGUGUGUACCCCUGACCUGAUAUGUAUAGUGGAUACCGAGACAGGCGAGCCUAUUAUGACUGAGGAAGUUCGCUAUGGCCUACGCGUGUCCGUUUUAGGAAUACCAGCACAUCCAUUGCUGCUCACUGAACAAGCAUUGAAAUAUAUGGGUCCACAGGCAUUUGGCUACUCAAAAGAGGAAGUUGAGUUUAAGCCCAUAGGUGAUUAUAAGGACCAUGGACCAGUGGCUCCAGUGAGCGUGGACAGUUGUACUAGUUAAUAAAUUUUUGAUUUUAUAUCAUGAACGUUAAUAAAGCUACGACAAGCACCACUUGAAACAUACUUUUGACGGCUUUAUGGUUUAUUAGGUCUUGGCUGGUGAAUUCGUAUACACGGCCAAUAUGUUGCCUGGAGUUUGAAUAUUAACAUAUAAUCGCAGGUACUCAGACCUAUUUCAUUCUGGUAAAAAGUGCACAUGAUACGGCAAUUGCAGCUUUCAGUCGCGUUGAGUAACAUCUUCACGCCCGUCCUUGCCGCAUAUGCCAAUAUAAUGCUAUUCCACUCCCGUAAUAAAUGUCUUAACAUGCACAGUUUACGGUUUUAAC